AUGUUUUCAUCAAUUUGCGUUCUCCGACCAAUCCUUCAACUGCGUUCUCCGGCGAUCCCUACGGCUCCCCGCAACGGUCUCCGCUGUCGGCUCUCCACUGUUCCACACUGCUACCUGGACUUCAGCUUCGUCCGCCGUCCAUUCUCACCAGCAUCCAGGUCUCUUUGUUUCCUCUACGUCGUCCUUCGUCGGGUCAGCAGCCGCGUCCUCCCCGUCGUUCUUUGUUUGGGUCGGCAAUCGCGUUCUCCCCGUCGUCCUUCAUCUCGGUCGGUCGUCGGGUUUGGUCGUCUUCUCCGUUACAGGCCUGAUUGGGUUGCGUGGGUUUAA